AAAACGCUCUCGAUUCUCCACUUCCUUCCCUUUCUUCUAAAAAAUAAAAUAAUAAUAAAAAAAAUUCACAUUUUGUCGUUCUAUUGCUCUUAGCUCUGCGUAGCAAAGUCUCUCUCAGUCUCUCUAACAAAUCGAAAAACAGAAUCUCUCCGUCUCCGCUGAAGAGCAACAGCAGCAGCAAGAAUCAUGACUCGCGGAAAUCAAAGAGAAAAAGAUCGCGAGAGAGCUCAAGCUCGUGGCGGUAACAAAGUAAACAAAGGCAAGGAUGACGGUUUGACUCCUGAACAGCGUCGUGAAAGAGACGCGAAGGCGCUGCAAGAAAAGGCGGCGAAGAAGGCAGCACAGGCGGCGGGAGGGGAAUCUUCGGGAGGAGGUAAAGGGAAUAAUAAGAAAUAGAAAGAAGUUUGUUGUGUUUUAAUCAUGUGGUUUUGUGUUGACUACGGUUUGAUGUGGAUUUGAUAUUUUGUAUGGAUUAUCAUGUUUGUUUGGGUUUGAGGUUUUUUUAGUUUGAUUUGGAGUUUUGAAAAUUUUAAUUGCUUGAUUGGAUCGGUUAUCGAUGAA